AUAAAAAGCAUAGUCUCUAGUCACUGAGAAACAUGAGGUGUGCCGUUACAACGAUGCAAUUUUGCCUUUUCCCUUCUACUCCGAUUAGACCCAAGUGACAAAUGAAGAUUGAGAUAAAGUUGUAGCAUUUUUCUCGUCACUAAAGUUAUAAAUUAUGGGGUCUUUAACUGGACUUCUAAUUCUUACCCAGCCAGUCCGUAGAAUUGUGUCAACACUCCCACAGGUGCUUAAAGCUGCAUCUCAACAUGUCAAUCAAACUCUGUAUGUUCAUCUUGACCCAUUAGCCCAAGCAAAAACUUUGGGAGCAAAACAGCAGUUAAGUCUUUGCAGCCAUAUUAUUACCUCACUCUACUCUCAGUCUUCCUCCCAGUGUCAUGGAUUAGAUGUGAGAGUCCUCAUGGCUGGGUUUAAGGGUACAAGUGAAGUUCCCUUGAGAACAAAAUGUGAAAUUGAUAUAGUCUUAUUUGAUCAGCUUAAGGAAGGCAGUGAAAAAACUGACAUAGAGAAAAGGUACAAGAGUUUUCUACUUAGAUGUAAGAGUGAAAAGAUAAUCCUUUUUGACAAUCUUGAGGGCUCUGAAUCCCAGCCUCCAGAGAAUGUUGUCAAUGAAGAAGCAAAUAAUGUUUACAGCAAUGUUGUUUUAGGUGGAACAUUUGACUGUAUUCAUGAUGGUCAUAAGAUACUUUUAUCUGAAGCACUUUUAAGGUGCACUAAGAGACUGACCGUAGGAGUAGCAGAUGGUCCCUUACUUAAAAAUAAAACCUUGAAGGAAUUAAUAGAGCCUUGUGAAGUUCGAAUAAACAAUGUUAAGGAUUUACUUAAUGAUUUAGAUCCAAGUGUAGAGUACAGUAUAGUACAAAUCCUUGAUCCAAUGGGUCCAGCUGGAUGGGAUAAAAGUUUGGAAAUGAUUGUUGUAAGUGAAGAAACAAAGAAGGGCAUAACACUUAUCAAUAAUGCUCGCCAGGAGAGUGGCCUUAACCUAUUGGAUGGAUAUAUCAUUUGUUUGGUUAAUGAUAAAUGUAGAGCAAGUGAUGAAGAGGAAAUGAAAUUAAGUGCCAGUUCUAUGAGAAUGCGAUUACUGGGAACUAUACUGAAGCCAGUUGAAAGCAAUUAUGCAAUUCCACAUUCUCCUUAUGUUAUUGGUCUCACAGGAGGUUCAGCAAGUGGCAAGUCAAGUGUUGCCAAGAGGUUUGCAAAGUUAGGAGCAGGUGUUGUUGACUGUGAUAAACUUGGUCAUGAAGCAUAUUUGAAAGGAUCUAAGUGUUAUAAGGAUUUAAUUGAAGCCUACGGUAGUGAAGUAGUAGGCAAAGAUGGUCAGAUUGAUCGUAGAGUGCUUGGGUCUAAAGUUUUUAAUGAUAAAAGUGCUCUGGAGCAAUUAAAUAGUAUAGUCUGGCCAGAAAUUGCACGCCUUGCAAAGGAACGCAUAGAUACCUUCUCCAGAGAGGGUAUCAAAGUUGUAAUAUUGGAUGCAGCAGUUCUUUUGGAAGCUGACUGGGACAAGUUUUGCCAUCAGAUUGGACUGAAUAUGGACAAACUACAUGAAAAAACACCAUCAUCCAAUGUCUCCACGCCUCCUUUACCUGCUGCAUCUUCCGAGCAAGUGACUGGGGUAGAUGUCAGCGCUCAUCGGUCCAGCUCUACAUGCAAGUGGAGGAUGAGCACCCUCAAGUAUGACUGA